UUGUGUUGCUCGAUGCUGACGCUUCUUUGCGGAGGAUGCUGGUCGAGAUUAAAGCGAAGAUAGACGAAAUUCUGUGUAGUUGCUGUUCGGUUGUCGUUCCGGAGAACACAUCAAGUGCAACAAAACGAAUUGCUAUUUUUUGUGUGUUUGAGAGCUCAUUCCCCAGAUCGAUCCAAUAAUGGGACGGAAAAUUGAUUUUUAGUGGAAAAUUUCGGGAAAGCGAGAAGCGAAACAGUAUUCCAUCAAAUCGAAAGUGACCGAUACAAGUGGAAAAACAAAAGCCGUUCCGUGUAUAAAUAAAUUUUCAUCAAAGUGAAACAGAGCGCUAUUCGGGGUGAUUGAGGAAGACACAAACGAGCCGAAGUAGCGUUUCAGAUUAAGAGAUCAAAAGGUGUCUGCCGUGUGCCGUGGGCCUGUUAGUUUCACGCGGUGUGGGAGUUUUUGUUUGGCGAUGCUGUGGUGGUCCAUUCCGAUUUAAGGAGGGAGAAAAUGAAUUGUUAUGAUAAUUGGUUCUGAAACACAGUGCAGUGUGUCGGCAGCCAGUAGUUGAAAGCGGAAUCAGCAACAACAAAAACAACAGCAACGCCGCCAGCAGAAGACGGACAACUCGGCGGCGGGGGAGGAUCAGUGAGUGGCGGAAGUGGCGACGGCGGCACGUGAAAAACGACGAAAAGCAGAAGGAAAGCGGCUUCCUGCCUCGGCGGCACAUUUCUGUAGGCCAGGCAGUAACAAGUGGACGAUAAUUUGGAAUUUUCCAUUCGGUUUUCGAACUCCCACUGUGCGAAUAUUCAAUAAAGAUCUACACCAAUCCACAAUCACGACCACGAUGAACUGAUGUCACUCGAAUAGGCGUACCAAAACAGGCGAAUCGCUCGUUCCACCAACCAUGGACUUCCUCAAGGCGGUUCAAAACGGCCAAUACGAGGCGGUUCGGGCAGCGCUUCCCAAAGUCGACAUCGAUUACCAGGAUGAGAAGGAAGCCAACAGCGCCCUGCACGUGGCCGUCACGGCCAAGCGUAACCGCACCAAGCUGAUCGAGCUGCUGAUCGGAGCGGAAGGUGGUGCGGAUUGUGAUCUGAAGAACCGCGACGGUUUGACCGCGUCGGAGCUGGCUCUAGAGGUCGGAUGUCGGAGCGUUGCGGAGUUUAUGAUACGGAAGGAGUUUGAAGGAGUCACCGAUGAGCGGGCUGUUUAUAGGCUGGUGCGGCGUGGAAGCGUGGAGCUCCUGCGGAUGCAUUUGGAAAAGAGGGCACUCGAUGUCCACAGUCGGGUGAAAAUUUUCCGCCGGGUGGUGGAGGAACUCGGUGUGAAGGGAGUGACUGUGGCGGAGAAAAUGAAGGUGUUUUUGGAGUAUCAGUUGGUGGAGUACAGUUACAGAUACGGCGUUCGGAAAGGGAAGGACAAGGAAGGAGAUCAAGAGGCUGAGAAGCGAGUGGAGUUGAUGUUGAGCUAUACCAAAUAUUUGAAGGAAAAUUACAGCGGAGAUGAUUUGAACGAUCUCGAUGACAGGUUCGUGCUGAGGCUGAGAAUGAUUUGCGAGUGUUGCUACUUUUUGGAGGACGUCGAACGGAGACGAGAGCGGAAACUAUACAAACACGUUCCCCUUUCCGAGAUAACCUAUUUGAUCGGAGUAUUUUUAGCCAUCUUAGAGAAGCACAUCGGCUUCGAAAUUUAUAAGCUUGUUAUUAAUAAAAAUAUGAUUAUGUCGUACUUGGAGGCCGUGUGCGAUGAGCUGAGAGUGGUAACGUUCGGAGACAGGAAAAGACAAAACUAUGAAUUUCAAUGGACGCCACAGCUGUUUCUGGAUCUCAUUGCAUGCAUUCGCGAGGAGCGUCUUUUAAGAUACGUUUCACGAAGGAAGCGGAUCAACGGAUCAUUGGAACGAAUUGCCUCCGUUCGAGAUGGUAAUGAACUGUGUCAUAAUGAUAAACAGUUGGUAAUGGAUGAAAUUCGGCGAAAAGAAUUCCAAAAUUUACGGGAGGGCGUGUUAGAAGAUGGAAAAUGGUGUGUGGAGGAAUUUGUUGGCUAUCUCGCGAGAGGCGAGUGCAAAACAAUCGCGGCAAUUUGGCACCAGCAACAUCCGAAGCUCCGCCUCCAUAAACGACAGGUGCAGUAUGUGGCCAGCCGAAAAGAGUUGAACAAAAUCAAAUCGCGCACCGUCGCAGAAAUGAGUAAAAAUAAAAUUAAACUUGUUGAGAAGGAAGUCAGCUCGCGGGAUUUUCUGUCGCUUGGUCGCAGGCAAGUAAGCCGACGGAAUCGAAUUAAAUUUCGACGAAUAAGAACCACUUUUGAUCAAAUCAAACAAAUGUACACAAUUAAAAAGAUCGCGUAUUACAUCGAGAAUGCAAUUGUGAUUGACGUGGAUGAUGUGUCUAAUGAGCAUCUGAGUAUUUUGGCGAUCAAAAGAGUUCUCCAUCUCAUAAAUGAAUCAAUCAGCAGUUGUCGUCAGCAUCCGAAUUUCGUGAGAAUGUUAGACAACGUAUUAAUCCACGUGUUAUCUAUGGUGGAUGUGUUUAAUAAAAACAAAGACACACGAGAAUUCUUCUCUCAGAAAUAUUCUCUUGCCAAGUACUUAGCAAACAAAUCACUCAACAUCAGUCACUACAAGCUGAUGCAGGACAGUCUAAGAGCAGUUUACCGAUUUUUUCUCUACGUCAUCAACAUCCAACUGAUCGAGGCUUACAAAACGUUCCUCGGAACGGCAUACUGCCUCAAGAACCUCGCCCAAAUCAAAUCCUACGCCAAAUACAUCGGCGAUCACAACCUCCACACGCUCAGCCACAUAAAAUUCGAUCACGUGUUCUACAACGAGGACGAAACCGCCGCCACCAUCUACGAAUUGAAGAAGAUGUACAUCGGCAUGUCCAACGAGCUGAAACUGCUGUCGUUCAUCGAGAAAAACAUCCACUUCCGGUUCUACCACAUGCAAUACCACCAGACGCGUCUCCGUGUGACACUGAGUAACUUUGCCGUAGUCUACAGAGCGCUGCGAGCGAACCGCUGCUUCGGCAGCAUACGAAAGGUGCUGUACUCGUAUCUGCACCAGAGUUACCAGAAAUACGACAUUUCCAAAUCGAUCUCCAUCUCGGACUCCACGUUGGCUCUGAAGGAACUGUUGCGACCGUACAGCAGCAUCGGAGGAGAGACCGAGGAGACGCUGAUGGUCGUGAAGCAUUUGGAGCAGCUACAGGAGCUGAUGGAUCCGGAUCGGUUGUUCGGCAUCAAUCCUGUGCGGAGUAGGAAGAUGGCAAGCGAACCGAGCAGAAAGUACCAACAGUUUACCAAGCAGAUCGUUCAGGAUCUGGGGGUUCAUCUGAAGGAGGAAGACUUGGAGCAACUACACGACAAGUUAAGGAAGAACUAUUACGACAACAUCUUUUUGCUUCAGAACCGGUACAAGAUUGUGCAGGAAUUCUGUCGACAUCGAGGCAUUCAGUUGGAUACAAAAGCGCUCGCCGGACAUCGAGAAAGAGAUGAGGAAAUGUUGCAGGAGCUGUUCGAUUCCAAGGUGAACGAGAUGACGUCAGUGUUGGAGAAGUUCGAGUGUUAUGGUUUGGAUGGAUUACUGGAAUCGGUGGGAGAGCUUCCAACUUUUGUACAGAUUGCUUUGGAGUAUAGUUUGCUGGAGGUGCAGGACAUAUUGGCGUCGCUCAAUUGCUUGGGAGUUGGAAUGGGGGGAAUGCUCCGUGGACGUACUCCAGUGCUGAGUGGAAGGAAUUUAAGGAAUUAUUUGAUGGAAGACUCACUAGUGAUGGAUCUACUGGUAUUUAAUUCCAAUGCCACUGUGUUUCUGAAUGCAUUGAUUCUGAAGGAUUCUGGAUUCCGGUUAUACGGAGGUGGAGUUCAAGUUCAGGAAGCUCCAAUGGAGGUGGCGAAUUUUGAGGAUCGUUGCAAAGAACGAUGGAAAUGGUUCGAAAUGCAGGAAGUGUUGUACGAAUCAAUUCGAAAGAGCGAUCUGAGGCUACUGAAGGAGAACGUUAGUAAUGGUUCGGAUGUACGAGGAAAGCGUUUCGGACCAUUAAUACAGAAUGAAUUGUGCCAAUUCAGUCUGAUUGAUUGUGCUAUUGUAGGAAGUUUCAAAGAUAUGAUCGACAUGCUAAAUCGAGAUUAUGAUAAGAUUGAUGAAAAUAAGAAACAGCUUCUGGAGUAUUUACUAAGACGCACGGUUGAGUCACACUUCCUUGUCGGACAAUACUGCAAACUAUCAGCGGAGGACCGUAAGAUUCUAGUUCUGUAUCUUUGCACAUUCUUAGGAGAUGUAAGCGUCUUCCUAAAUAAUCUUUCACGGUAUGAUGCCCAUGCAGACCUGCAUUUGUUUGUCAAUUCGGAGAAUCAGGAAUUCGUCAGUCUUAUUCUGCAACAACUGAAAGGCUUCGACUUCAACCGACGUGAUCCAACAGGAAUGACCAUUUUGCAUAAAGUUAUAAAUAGUGGCAAUUUGCGAGCUGUCGAAACACUGACCCAGAUGGAAGGAGUUGAUUUGGACGCGACAAACAGCUUACGAUAUUCUGCGCUGAACUUAGCCUGCAGAUUAAAUCUGAUUGAUAUCGUCAAAGUUCUUACCAAAUCCGGUGCCGAUGUUAACGUGAUGAGCGAAGAUGAAAAGCUCCCCGUGUUUUGGCUUAUUCAGUAUCAGAACUCAAAGGAAGUGGUGAGCUUGGCGAUCGACUCCAGUACGGAAUUGACAUCGUUCUCAAGCGAGCUAUGCUUGCUCCACAAAGCUAUCGAGUUUGACAACCUUACCGUGAUCAAAUAUUUAGUGGAAGACCAGAAGGUAGAUCCCAGUCGGAUAUACUCCAACUGCAACAAUGUAAUCCAUGCUUCUUCAAGCUAUAAUCGUAGUCGGAUUCUGGAUUAUCUACUCUCGGUUCCGGGCAUGACAAAGCUCAUCAACAACACGAACCUGGUGAAGAAUACCCCGCUUAACAUUGCGUGUAAGGAAGGUUACCUUCCGAUUGUGAAAACACUUCUCAACCACGCUGUAUGCACGGACACUUGCGGAGAAUACGGACUGAACGCCCUGGCAUUCGCCAUGUACACAAACAGUUUCAGACUUAUGAAACUUCUGUUCAAGCAUGGUGCCAAAAUCAGUUAUCCGCUCAGUUCGGACUUCCAGCCAAUCAAUAUGGCGAUUCUCAAUCGGAACAUCGCAAUGCUUAAUUUCCUGUUGAAGCACGGUGUCGAUGUCAACAGUGCUCCGCUCUGCUUCAUCAACGCCGUUUAUGCUCAAUCGAAGGAAGCCGUUCGGAUCUUAGUAGGCGCGGGAUCAAAACACAUCAACCACAAAGAUGAGUUCUGUCAAACGGCGCUACAUCUGUGUGCGGAUCGCGACGAGUAUGACAUCGCACGGGAACUGAUCCGCUAUGGUGCUGACAUCAACGCGAAAAAUCGUUCAGGAACAACACCGCUCCACCUGGCGGUGACAAAGGGAAACGUUCGCUUCGUUCAGCUGCUGUUGGAUAGCAAAUGCUCGGUAGAUGAGCUGAACUUCCAUGGCGAAACAUCGCUAAUCAAGUCGGUCGUGUGCAAUAAUUUAGAAAUAAUGAAAAUCUUGCUCAACAACGGUGCCAGCGUGGAACGUUUGCGAAACAGCGAGCCACCGGUCCUGCUCUAUCUGGUGCAGGAAAACCACGAGGAAAUCCUCGACUACUUGCUCGAGCACUACCAGUUCAACGCGAACGAGCAGGACGCCUACGGGAAUUCGCUGCUGUACGUUGCCACGCAACGGAAUCAUAUCAACAUCGUGAAGUUGCUUGUCGACAAGUACAACGUGAGGACGAACCCGGUGAACAACAAGAAGCUGACACCACUGAUGAUUGCCCGAGUCAAGGAGUAUAAGGACAUAUUCAGCUUUUUGGAGUCCCGCGUUAUUGAGGAGUAGUAGGCCAAUUGUUUUUAUUUUAGUAUGACUUAUGACAUAACCUAAUUGUUUAGCACUAUUUAUUUGAGAAUUUGUUUACAUUUUUAGUGUCACGCCAAGUAUUUAUUGUAGGAAAAGAUCAAAAAUUGAUUUAUGUGCCAUAUCUUUAAGAGAUUCGGUUUUGUUUUUGUUUUGUUUUAUAUUUUCCUAUCUGAUAAAAGUGUAGGGAAAUGUCGAUAUUUGUGAAAGAUCAUCAUAGAUGAUGAGAGCUGUUAGUAAAUAAGAAACAAUGUGAAGCCUAGUUGUGAUUUGGUAGAAUUUUUAUUUCGAACUAAGCAGAAUUUGUAAAUUAUUCCCCAGGUACGGAGAUAACAAUACUCAGCUAAAAGGUUCUAAGGAAAAUAAAUAAUGUAAAUAAAUAAAGCUAAAAGUUGGUAGAGGUAUCGAUGUUGUGACAUCUACGCAAAAGUAAAGCGAAUCGAUUUGUCUUGAACAUUCCAGCAAACAGUUCAAAAUAGAAACACUCUCUUACCCAUAAAAACAUCAAGUAAAGACAAAUCGGUUCAAGGCACUAAAUAAACCUCUCUCGGAAACUGUUUCUAGUUUCCGUUUGAAGUUAUAUAACGAUUGCAAACCAUAACCCAAAUCGCCAUUUUUUUCUGUGACAAGCAACGCAAUGGUGAAGGAUCAUGUGCCAAUUUUGUUUUAAGCAACUUAUUGGAUUAUCAAGAGAACAAUCGGUAAAGUGUGGUGCCUAGUUAUAAACAAACAUGAUGUUUUGUACCAAACCCAGAUUCAAUUCAACUCAACUGUGCCGUAGACUUUGUCCCACAAACCCAAGAUGCAAGCCGUGUGCCAAACUGGUGCAAGUAGCGUAAUUUAGUUUGUUAGAGAAGCUGAAUGAAUUUACUACGUUCAAAUCUUAUGUACCUUUAUUCAUUAACUUUCAAUACAGCAUCCACACAAUAGAAAUAUCGCACUGUAUGUAAGCCCAUACCGCAAAUAUAAGUCUCAUAUGAAUAAAGAAAAUAGUAGUAGAUGUGUUUGUUCUCAGUAGAGCGAUUUCAUAUAAAAAGAAAACAAUGAUCGAAAUUCAAAACCAUCUGUAAAAAGAAAACAACCAAAAAAUUGAGUCACAAAAUUGAGUCGUAAAUUGAAUAACAGAAAUAGAAACAGACACACAAAAUAAAUACACGUACUUUGUCAUGUAAAUGGUACAAAUAAAAUGUAUUUUUGCGCAUUAUAAAA